AUGUCUGGAUUAAAUCCUUUCCGCCUUAGUAGGAAGCCUGACGCGCUUCCGGUUACGACGCAAUUCGUUGAUGAUUCGCUUUUCGCUCCGGCUGGGGCUCCGGUUAAUGAUAAUGAGAAUAAAAAUGAGGAUAUAAAGGCGUUUGACGCGCAGGACAACGUGAAUCAGAACCCCGCCGCUGCUACUCAUACCGCCGAGUCAACGACGACAACGGCAUCGACUAGGGAUGUUGAUACUACAUCCGUAUCGUCCGACGAUGGCUCGACGUCAGAUCCCUUCCGGCAGGCUUCACAUUUGAGCGAUAACGAUGGCGAUGGCGGGAGUUACAAGGAGACUCGACGGGAUUCCGCCGUUCAGCCCGACAGUUUAUCGUCGGCACCUUUUACGAGCGCAGAUACAUCGGUCACGAAAGAAAGCAACACGUUACAUCCAAAUUCGGCAAAACGGGCUAGUCGUCCACUUCCUCCGCCUCCGACGGGGUCCCGGACUGCGAAUAAUAGCAGCACCGAUGUCUCUCAGUUAUCUACACGUUCGGGGACGGUAAACAAACGUACGUCAGUUACGGAUAUCGAUACAAGAUCCCUGGGUAGCCGGUCAGGGAACAAGGAGAAGAAGCCACCGCCUCCUCCGAAGAGCCAUCAUGGGAAAUUAAUCAAUAAUCCUGCGCAGCCGGUGCCGGCCGAAUCGAAACGCUUUUCCUUCCAUGAUUCUUCUUCCGAGACCUCGUUCUACACGCCGAGUACGCCGUCGCAGUCUAGCAAGCCGUCUGUCCAAGUGGACUAUUUCUCGUCAGUUUCGAAUGAAAAUCAGAAUCCGAAUCAGAACCCCAACACCAGAGCGACGGACACGCUCAAGCGCAGUCAGUCUCAAUACAAGCGUCCGCCCACGCCACCGCUCAGCCGACGACAUAGUCAGAUGAAGAGAUCCAAAUCUACAUUAUCAUCGAAACAGAAUCAGAACCGAUUGUCACUACCGGUUGGGAGCGAGAGUAUCAAGCCAUCCCCGCCUCCGAGUCCAGGUGCCACCACCACGUCAUUAAACCCGCCGGUGCAACGAACGUCGAGGCCAUUGUCGUUGCAAACGGACGAGAAUACAUUGAAACAUACCUCGUCUCUUAAAGAACAAGCGCCGUCGCCGCUAUCACCCACCGCGGAAUCACCACUAUCUCGAACGACAUCUAUCCGACGAACAGCGUCCGGAUCCUCAUCAGCCACAGCGCCUCCUCCACCGCCGCCGCCGCGACGAGCUCGUUAUAGCAACGAUAGCGCCCGACCUACCAGCUACGUGCAGCCGAAGAAGACGGAAGAAGAGAGUACCUUUCAACCUCAACCAUCGAACGCGAAUAAUAUACUGGAAGAUCUGUCGCGGUUACAGAAGGAGGUGGACGAUCUACGAGGACGGUAUGAAAGCCGUCAGAGCAAUCAUUAG